CUUUACGCCAAUGACAGUAUCUCUCCACAGUAUCUGUUUUGCCCCCAUUUACUGGAUCUAAAGUUUCAGUCUCCACGUGGGUUUCUCUGAGCUGAGAGGCUGGGGUAGGGAUUCUGUUUGGCUGUGAUGGACACAUCCUUCAUUUCCAGCUGCAUUCAGAAGGUUCUGAUCAUGCACAAUCUGUACAUUAUCAGGAGACGGAGCAAGGGCUGCGUCUAGACCGGGAGGAUGGAGGCGGAAAGGAGCAGUGCUGGCAAUGCCACCUCUGCAGAGAGAAGACCCCUAGCAAAAUCCAAAACUCCUUCCAGGAUACUUUGGGUCAUCUUGUCUGUAAUCUUGUUUUUCGUCAUUGUCAGCAUCAGUGUGGUGGUAAUUUUCAGCUUUACCCAUAGGACUACCAAGCCUGUUUUGCAGAUUGUGCGGCUAACGUUUCAGAAUCACCAGGGCUCCCAGAUGAAUCAGUCGGCCUUUGUUGACAAGUCCAAGAAUACUGUUACUUAUCAUGUAACUUCGCCAAGUAACCACACAACGGUGGUCUUGUUCGACAGCAAGAAUGGCUAUGUCUGCUAUAAACCCGCAGAUCAAAACGCAUGUUACCUGCGGAAGAUGGACGAUUGGGAUCUUGAGAACGUGCAGAUAUCUUUCAAUCUAUCUGAGCACAGGAUCAAUCAGCUGCUGCUUCAGAAUAAUGAAACUAAGUACUACAGAGAGUUCCUGGGGAUUCUGCCGGGGAGACAAGCAAAUGCCGGAAGCUUGGGGGAAGCCAUCCAAACCCUGUGCGAGCAGACUUCCAUCUACUGGGUCAGGAAAGGGGAUGGCCCUGGGAAGAAGCGGCUCAUUUACCUAUGUAUUGACAUCUGUUUUCCAAGCAAUGUUUGCUUGUCUGUCUGCUUCUAUUACCUUCCUGAUUAAGCCCUGCUCCAAGGGGACUGACUCCCCCGGCCACUUCUCUUUGUACUUGAAUUUAAAUCCUGAAAAGCCUCUGAUUUAAAUAAGUUAAUGUCUAAGUUAUUCAGAUAACUUCCAUGUAAAAGACUCCAACCCUGAUUUCAUGAUGCAAUUUGAGAGGUUGGGAAAGUGCCAGAAGGGUUCUAAUUAAACAGGACUAUUUCCAAAAACACGUUGCAGCUCU